AGCAGUUUGAGGAGGCAUUCUCAUACUGAAGCACCCAUUGCUUCGCUUAUGAUGGAAGUUCCAAGAAUCACGCUCAUUGUUGCUGUUAUUUGGACGUCACCUUUGACAGUUUCAAGUCAAAUGUGGGCGACUAGUCCAGGUGUGACAUGUAAUCCAACGUGUCCAAGUUUUUUCCCUCUUUAUGAGUGCCGUCAGAUCGUCAGUCCCAUCACACAGAACGGGGUGUGUCUACCGGACGUGGAUUCACGAGGUUGUUGCAGUGGCUGCCUUACAGGUUUGAUUGACGCAUCAACCGGUAUUGGCAAUAUCCUCACGACUGUAACUGGUGCCAUUAACGGAAUUACGAUAUUUGAUACCACCGAACAAGGCCUUAUCGAUCAAGUACUUACUGACUUAGUGGGUAUCGAGCAGUUUGGAAACAUGGAGAAUAUACUAAAUAAUGUAGAUAACCAGAUUGUUCCGAAUCUUUGUACUUGGGGCCAAACCUUUGCGACAAAAUUGUGGCGUAUUAAGGACGACAUAGAGCUUGUCCUCGGUUUAAUUGAUGGUCGAGGUGGGACACUUGAGCCAAUUGAAAGAGGGUCAUUACAAACUGUAAUAAAUUUUGUCCAUUGGUUUAAAAAAUGCCUUUUACCGAGACUGCUUGAAGUCAGUGGCUUGGAGUGUUUCAAA